UUAUUUAACGUACGAGCUGUUUAGUGAGUAAAGUCACAUGACGAUCAUAUGACUCCACUUUCCUCUCCAUGAUCAUGAUGUUGCGUUCGGUGGAAAUUUUAACUUUAUUUACUUUGUCUUUGAUACUCCAUCUUUCUAGUGGAGAAUACACUUAUGGAACAGUGACAUGUAAAGAUCAGGUUUGUAAAUACCAGCCCAACGUACUGAACUUCAAGGCAACGGCAUGUGGUUCGUACAACGACACCCUACUGCAGACAGGCUGGGGGAUAUUGGACAUUGUAGGGGGACAGGGGGACGACACAGAUGUGGACAUACUGUAUGGAGCGGGCUAUCUGGAAGGGAUCUUCACUGCAGAGAGAAUUUGGCAGCAUUACCAGAAUAUAAAGGACUUUUUCUUGAGUUCAAGAAAUGAGAAGGUAGUGAAGAAUCUCGGGGAGUGGUUUGAUCAACAGAACACGUGGAUGAGAAGCAUGAUCAAGAAGAGUAAGAGUGACCCUCUGUGGAGACACAUUGGUCUCAUCAUGGCACAGUUUGAUGGAUUAGUGGCAGGCUAUAAAGCUGCAGCAAAACCUGAGCAGGAUCUGGAUGUUUUUGCCUUCCAAGUCUUGAAUGGAGCCGGGGACUUGCUGGACUUGUUGAAUGUAAUUGACCCCUCCUCCUCCGCAGAUUGGCAAACGAUGACCCACAGCCAAAUACUGUCUUAUGUACAGGACAAAGGCAUGUGCUCAGCUCUUAUCAAGGUGCUGGGUGCUUAUGAGGAUAUCUUCAUGUCUCACUCCAGUUGGUUCGUGUACCAGGCCACCAUGAGGAUUUACAAACAUUAUAACUUUAACGUCAGAGAUCCUGCAACUUCAGCUAAAAGAGUCUCAUUUUCCAGCUAUCCAGGAUUUUUAGAGUCCCUGGAUGACUUCUAUCAUAUGAGCAGCAAUAUGGUCAUGCUUCAAACCACAAACAACGUCUUCAACAAGACACUGUACAAUUAUGUCAAACCAGAGUCGUUGUUUGCCUGGCAGCGAGUACGGGUCGCUAACAUGAUAGCAAAUGGGGGAGAAGAGUGGGCAAAGAUUGUGGCCCAGUAUAACUCAGGUACCUAUAACAACCAGUAUAUGAUCAUCGAUCUGAAGAAAAUUCAUCUGAAGUCGUCUAUAGAGGAUGAUGCAUUAUGGGUAGUUGAACAGAUCCCUUCUCUUGUAGAGUCUGGAGAUCAGUCUGCCAUUCUAAGAACAGGUUACUGGGCAUCAUACAAUGUCCCUUUCUUUGAAAAAGUCUACAAUCUUAGCGGCUACCCAGAAGUGGUGGCCAAGGAGGGAACAGAUUUCUCCUACCAGCUGGCACCACGGGCCAAAAUCUUCAGGCGAGACGAAGGCAAAGUGAUGGACUUGGCUUCUAUGAAAAAAAUCAUGAGAUAUAAUGAUUACAAAAAUGAUCUGUAUUCGGAAGGAAAUUCCUGUAACACAAUUUGUUGCCGUGGAGAUCUGCGAGAAAAAGAGCCCAAGCCAUCCGGUUGCUAUGACACCAAAGUGUCAGACUAUAAAAUGGCAUUGAACUUUGAGGCUGACAUUGUUAAUGGCCCUACUUUGGGUUCAGGGUUACCCCCCUUCUCAUGGACACCGGCGUUUAAGCAGGCACAUAUUGGUUUACCAACAACGUAUAAAUUUGAAUUUCUGAGAACUUCUCCAAAAUUUAAAACACCAUGAAUUUAAAUGCAUUCCAACCACACAUACACUGCUUACCACAGAAAUUUUAACCCAGUUGUUUCUUUUGAAAUGACAUGAUACAUGAUGUAUAAGUCUGUGUUAUGUUGAAGAAUUUUUUAAAUAACUAUCAUUUAUACAUUAUACUUUUUUCACCCUUUAUAAUCUUGUUGAGCAAUCUCUUGUACCAAUCUACUCUAUUGAGACUUAAGAGUCUGAUAUUAUUGUUUCAAAACUACUUUAUUCAAAUGCAUUGACAGUUACUUAAACUCACAAGUACUGUAUUUAGUUAGUCCUUGCUAGUACUAUGUUUGUAAUCUCCAUCUUAUUCUGUGUAUGUUAUUUUGUACAAUAAUUGAUUUUUGCUUAGUCAUAAUCAUAUUCUGUUAAAUAUGUCAAUUCAUAUUUAGAAUAUGAAUUAGGAUUUGAUACUUAUGCCUUGCCUUUGUUAAGGUUGUUUAUCUUAUUCAUGGAUGGUCAACUGUAAUUUUGUCAUGUGUAUAUACAUACAUCUACACAGAUAUAUAAGAUAAAAAAAGAGACACAAAGACUUUUAGUAUCAAUUCAAUCUUCAGAAGCUUUGAUUGUUUGUUUAUUGUUUAAUGUCCCUCUGGAGAAUAUUUCACUCAUAUUGACAUAAGGAGACGUCACCACUGCCAGUGAAGGGCUGCAUAAUUUAGGCCUAAUGCUCGGCGCUUAUGGCCAUUGAGCAGGGAGGGAUCUUUAUCGUGCCACACUUGCUGUGACAGGGGGCCUCAGUUUUUGCAGCCUCAUCCGAAAGAUCACCCCAUUUAGUCGCCUCAUACAACAAGCAAGGGGUAGUGAGGAGCUAUUCUAACCCGGAUCCCCACAGGACCAAAAGCCUUGAUAUGAAAGUGCUAAAGAUUUACUAAAUGUCUCUUUUUUUACCUAUAUUUUUACCAGUCGUUGCAAAAAGUAAUUGAAUAUAUAUAGUACUAAAAUGACCAACAACACUAACAACAUGAAAAUAUGAAGUUGUCAAAUUUUCGGGACGACCUGUCCCUUCUUCAGAUGACAGAAUAUUUACAUAGAAAUGAAAACUAACCUAAAUAAGAUUAAAAAGCAAAUGAGCAUGAAAAGUAAGUUACAAAACUUAAGAACAAACAGAAUGUCCACAUAUUGAAAUUAUCGAGUCCAGUUAAUACGGGGUGAUAAAAAAACAUCUCAUUUGAACGAGUAUGGAGACUGAAUUGAACUAGUGAACUCUUACGCUGUUGGAUGUUGAGUGUUGUUGGUUUUUAGUGCUUUAUUUAUAUAAACACAACUGUGGUAAGAAUGUAACAUUCUCCCAUUUUCAGCUUUGUUUCAUCACUUUGCUGCAGUUCUGUUUUGUUUUUAAUAGCAUGUUAUGAAACACCUGGGAUGAUUCAUAAAUUUCUUCAAACAAG